CGAAUACGCCCUAUCAACAUUUAGACUCUUAUCAAAGCUACAAAUGCUAUUGGCCUACCUUGACUUGUGCGGCGUCGUGUAGGCCAAGAUUUUCACUGAACCGGGGCUGCGCUGUGCUCCAUACCCUUCUCCAGGUUUCCACAGAUCUAUAUCCUGCCUAUAUAAAUGCAAACCUCUCCGCUCACUCUUUUAUGGCUAAACAGAGCUAGAUAUCGAUAUUUCAAUGACCGCUACAGACGACGCUUUUGCGAGACUUCAGUCGCUUCCCCAAACCAGAUUGGACUUCCGCGCUAACCCAUGCAUCACCCAGCCCAAGGUUAUCACCUUGCCAAAGACCGGGGGCAAGGCGACCUUAUUCCCAGUCAAUAACACUACCAGCACCUCUGUCCCCGAAUCGUUGUUCGAGUACAUGCACCAGGAAUUCAACCACGCCGUCGAGGAGGGCCUUACCUAUCCACACCACGAAACUAUGGACAGUGACCAGUUUAGAGGCUACUGGUUCUGCUCCUUUGUUGCGAUUUUGAUAAAGGGUGAGUGGGAGAGUCUUAAAGACGCCGACAAGAACGGUACCACCAACUGGGAGACCGAAUUUCUCGGGACAUACUACGUGAAGCCAAACUACAUCGGGCGCUGUUCCCACAACUGCAACGGUGGGUUUUUAGUCAACCGCAAGAUCAGAGGCAUGGGGCUUGGCGAAGCCUUGGGGAAGACGUAUUUGGACUGGGCACCCCGUCUAGGCUACACCUAUUCGGUGUUUAACUUAGUGUUCGUGACCAACGUUGCCUCCUGGAAGAUCUGGGACAAGUUGGGGUUCAACAGAAUCGGGUACAUUCCUGGCGUAGGCAUUUUGAAGGGGGUGGAUCACCCUGUCGAUGCCAUAAUGUACGGGAUAGAGUUGAAAGUUAAAGAGUAGAGUGUAUGACAAAUGACUGGAGCAGUCUACCGCCACGUGGGAUUUGGAUAAAAAA